AUCAACAUGGCAGCUUUCUGAGUUUGGAGGAGGGGAGACCUGGUGUAAAUAAACACAAAAUUCAGGUUUUAUUGGUAACGACAGCUGUCGGGUGUGUGCGUUUAGGACUUGUUGGACCGUAGAGGGAAAAUGUCGAGUGACGGAAACAAAAAACAGUUCUGGAAAAGAAACGCAGCGAAGGUUCCUGGCAGUAUUCAGCAUGUGUACGGAGCCCAGCACCCACCAUUUGACCCCCUCCUUCAUGCAAAUUUAAUUAAAGCAGGCAACAAGCCUCCUCCAGCCACACCAGGCAAGCCCAAGAAAGCUACCACUUUCCAGGAGUUUGAGAGCAUUACGAGUGAUGCGUGGGAUGUUGGGGAUGAUGAUGAUGAACUGCUGGCCAUGGCAGCACAGAAUCUCAACAUUGAGGUUGUCAUGGAGACAGCCAAUAAGGUGAUUGAGAAUCACAGCAAGCAGCAAGAGAAACAGAGGCAGGACGAUACAACAGAGGUGGAACAGAGAGAAGAGGACACACAGGAGGAGGUGGCAGAGGACGAGGAGGAGGACGAGGAGGAUGAGGAGGACAGAGUGGAGGAGGGUGAUGUGACCAGCCCAGAGGUGUCGUUUGCCUCCCAGAGCAGCCCUUACACUGAUGGCCGCCUAGUGAAGUCCCACAGCGAAGCUCCAAUUGGGUCACCUAAAGAUGCAGCAGGUGAGCGUGCAGCCCUCCACAGACAACGUUCUUUGCCCCAUCGGCCGCCUGUCAUCCCACUAGUGGCUCGCAUGGCUGACCAGAACACAUCUGGCACCCCGGCAAUGACAGAGAGGGAGGCAUCCCGUCUGGAUAAGUUCAAGCAGUUGUUGGCUGGGCCUAACACAGAUUUGGAGGAGCUACGGAAACUUAGCUGGUCUGGAAUCCCAAGACAGGUUCGACCGAUUACAUGGAAACUCCUUUCAGGUUACCUGCCAGCUAAUGCAGAAAGAAGAGAGAGUGUCCUACAGAGGAAGAGGCAGGAAUAUUUUGGCUUCAUCCAGCAAUACUAUGAUUCUCGCAAUGACGAGCACCACCAAGACACGUACAGACAGAUUCACAUUGACAUACCGAGAACUAAUCCUCUUAUUCCUCUCUUUCAACAAGCUUCUGUCCAAGAGAUUUUUGAGCGCAUCCUGUUUAUCUGGGCCAUCCGUCACCCUGCCAGCGGCUACGUACAAGGCAUCAAUGACCUGGUCACACCGUUCUUCGUCGUCUAUGUCUUUGAAUACAUUGAGGAGGAAGUGGAAAACUUUGACGUGUCCAGUCUUCAAGAAGAGGCUCUGAGGAACAUUGAGGCUGACAGUUUUUGGUGCAUGAGCAAACUGCUGGACGGCAUCCAGGACAACUAUACAUUUGCCCAGCCAGGCAUCCAGAGGAAAGUCAAGGCCCUGGAGGAGCUGGUCAGCAGGAUUGAUGAGUCUGUGCACCGCCACAUGCAGCACUACGAGGUGGAGUACCUGCAGUUCGCCUUCCGCUGGAUGAACAACCUCCUGAUGAGGGAGCUCCCGCUACGCUGCACUAUCAGACUGUGGGACACCUACCAGGCCGAGCCAGAGGGUUUCUCCCAUUUCCACCUCUAUGUGUGUGCGGCCUUCCUGGUGAGGUGGCGGAAAGAGAUUCUAGAGGAGAGAGAUUUUCAGGGACUGAUGAUCCUGCUGCAGAAUCUACCCACAAUGCACUGGGGCAACGAGGAAGUGAGCGUACUUUUGGCUGAAGCCUACAGGUUGAAGUUUGCCUUCGCUGACGCGCCCAACCACUACAAGAGAUGAUAAGCGUGGCUCACAGCGGCCGCUCCCUCCCUUCUCCUCCUCUUCCUCCUUUUCCCCUUCGUCCUAUCCUUCCUCUACUGAAGCAGAGGCCACGUGGAAGGACCGCCUCCUUUUCUUAACCCCACCUCUUCCCACAUCGCCCUGUGGGCCUUCGAACUACUAAGAGAUUUAAAUCAACCGAUGACUGCGAGGACGUGCGGUGUAGCAUCUAACGUUCAUGUGGAGCCUUUUUAAAAUUAUUUUUCUCUGAUUAACUCGCAAAUGUGCGCUCUCGUGUCUGGUGAAGACUCCAUCAUCAGCGAAGACCACAACUUGUUGUUGGGAGUCCUGUCCGCUCAAGCUGACACCUCAAAGUCUAACCUCAGGCCUGAUGCAGGACCAUGAGCUGUUGCUCAACAUCGCCUGGGGUUUCUGUCAGACUCUGAGAAAAUGAUGUUUUCUGCUUAUUUUUAUUUCCAAUACCAUGGCAAUACAUUGUUUUUUUUGUUCCCCGUGGCAAAAAUGUGACCUUUUUUUUAGUUUGCAAAGACAAAGAAAGUUAGCAAAAGGCCACUGUGCUAGAUGGUUUACAUAUCUGAGCCCCUCUCCUGGUCACUGCACAACCUGAAGAAACAUGACAUGUUUUUCGUAUUUUUGUUUAUUUUUUUUUUUUACGCUCCAUAGUGCCAGGAAGGACACAGAUUGUUUACCUUCAUGACAAACAAACACACAGAAUUUUACUGAGGACGAGGUUGUCCGUCUGUCAGGGGAGCCAUGUUUCCCUCCUUCCACAAGCCACACACAUACACACACAUAUACACAUAUACACCAGCUCAGCCCUUUCCUAAUAGCACCCCUCCCACCUACACUCCGACAUCAGUGUAAGACAAGCAGCGGUUAGAGGCUGCAGAGUCAGCAGACUCAAACACACACAGAUCGACAUCAAAGAAAGUAAUAAGCCAUGAGGAGUAAGGAAGCGUUUAUCUAAUCGUUAUCCUCAGACCUGCCCGUAUAUAUGAAAGGCCGUGACUUAUAUAUUAGCUACUUCUCCUCUUUAAACUAGGACUACCUCAGUGCUCACAUUAACACACAAGUAGCCAGAACUGGAGAUCCGCUUAUUGAGGCAUUUACACACCAAAAACUCACACAAUAUUGACACUAUGGGUAGAGUAACAGGUGGAGUUUUGCCUUAAUUUGGGUACAAAGUUAGUGUAUUUCUUUGUCUUAAUCCAUGCAGGUUUUUUUUUUUUUUGGUGUUUUAUUUCAAAGCUGACUUGUCUGCCUACUUGAUACGAUCCUUAUUUGCACAGCGUGUGUGGUUUAUAGAUGGAUGGAAGGAGUCUGACAUUUUGCUGAAAAUAGAACUUAGAAUUAGCAGCUUAUAAAACAUUUGCCGAUUAAAUCUUCAAACAAAACUUCCCAUCCAAGAAAUUCUACUUUUAUUCAUCUUAUGGUGAGAAUGGCAGUCUUUAGCUCAAGAUUAAUAUGUGACAAAACCCCCCCAAAAACUCCUCUCUGUCAGUGACUUUUAAUCCUCCCUGGCUUGUGUUUUUUUUUUUUUUGUUUUUGCAGCCUCGAUCUUUAAAAAAGGCUUUCAGUUUACCAACUUUAAUUGAUCUUGCACGAACAACACAAGUCUUCAGUAAAAAAAUAACAAAACAAUGCCUGUGCUAUUGAACACUUCAGAGUAGGAUUGUAUUGUUUAGUAUUCUACACAGUUUCCCAGCUUAUGCAGUGCAAAUAAUCAGAAAUGCUAGAGACUGUAACAUCCCAGCUUCAGCAAUUGUUGAUCCUCCCUCUGUUACAAAGAACAAUCAGUUGUAGCUGCUUGCAUCAGGGAGUUUGACAAUUUUUUUUAUGCAUUUUUAUUUCAACAGUGACAAACAAGUUGCUGUAAAUAAUACUAUAACACGGCGGAGCAUAAUCAUGAUGGUUUUGUUUGCAUUAAAUUCAGGUAGGGCAAUUAAAAUGUUCUUGGUUAAUACUUGUGGUAACAAAUUUGAGCUCAUUCUUAAUCAACAGUUAUCUUUUUUUUUUGCAUAUCUUGGUGCAAGGUGCAGUUUUUCAUGCAUUAUCCCAUGGCAGUUUUACCCCAAGAAAAGGCCCCUCCGUCUGUAUUUUCCUGUUUGUUACGUCUUCAUUGUUCUUUUUCCAUCAUUUAUUACUUUGCUGUCUUGUGUAAAGAGCACACAGGAUGUCUAUCUCGAUACCAGAAGCACCAUAUUGGUGUAAUGUUGGGAGGAAUUUGGGGGGGGGGGUGUAAUCAGACAUUCAUGACAUAACGUCAAGCUGUUCACAUUUGGAGCAUCCCGUCGCGACUCCGUCAGGAUCCAUUAAUGUCACCCAAGUCCACAGCGUUACAGUGUGCACGUUUGUGAAGGGGGAUAUAGACGGAGAAAUAGAGCGAGUUGUGUUUUUUUUUUUUUUUUUUUGAAAUUUCAGCUUUUUCUGAGAGAGCCGUCAGUCUUUGAUCAUACGUUGGGUUUUCUUUCCACGAUCCGCACCAGUUUCCCAAGCCCCUCAUCUCCCAUGCUCUCUGACAAAAGAAAAACUGCACUUAAUUUAACAGUCUACAGCCUUUUUCUCCUCGGUCUUUUUGUACGAGAUCUAUUCUUUCAAAUCGACAUUUUAAAUAUUUGUCUUCUUCUUUUUUUCAGUUUUAUUUUUUUAUGCUGUUUACAUGACAAGCCUAUUAAUUUGUGCCUGACUGAAAACUCGAGGACGCGCUAGUUUUGAGUUGAACCUCAAAUUAACUUAAAAGAUUCUUUAAAUUUCUGCAAGCAAUAUUAUGACAUUUUGAUUUUGCUGUGAAGGGACGGGGAAUACAUAAUUUUUUGCACAUCUAGCUUUUGGGUUUGUCAGCCACCAACAUGAAGGGUUAAAAUCUAUCCUAUAUACUCAAAAUAUAUUUCCAGCAAGUGACAGUGGGCUAAACUCUUCCCCCUUGAAGCUGUAUCUAAUCAAAGCAGACUUGCUAAGCUGUGAAUCGUGAAUGUUUAGCUUCCAUCAUGUCUAUCUAGUGGGUUCCCUGUAGCAUUUUUUUUUUUCUUUCAAUGCUAAACAUACUCUUUAAAAACGCCAACUAUGUAAGUUACUGAAGCGGCAAUACAUUCGCUUUUAUCGUGAACUACCAUCGACCUGGCCUUUACUUGGUAAAUGUGUUGUUUUUGGCCAAGACUUGUCACCUGCUCUUAUAGUCGCAAAAAAAAUUAUUAGACCAUC